AAGUUUUAUUAAUAGCAGCGACUACUUGUCUCAUAAAUCUUAUAUUAUCCGAGUUAAUCCAAACCAUUUCGAGUGCCCCUGUGCCGUAAAGACUAAAGAGCAAACAGAGAGAGAGAAACUCGUUUUUUGCGUGUAUGUUUGUGUAUAAAAUAAAUGUAGUCUAACAAGGUCGUGAGGACUUUAAUAUAGGAUAUUUUAGUGGUGAAAAAUCAAGAAAAAUGUCUUUAUCAGUGUUGAAUGAGGACCCAGUGAAAUUGGAAGUGGGUAACGAAUCUUUCCAAGCCUGCAGAGUCUGUCUGGCGUGGGAUGUGAAGCUGUACAGUAUCCAUGAAUGGGGGAUGAGCGAUACGUUCGCGGAGAUUAUGGGAACAACACUAUCUAUGUGGGACGGGCUCCCACAGCACCUGUGCGUGUGGUGCCGCGCGCAGCUCGCGCGGGCGCAAACGCUGCGCGCGCGCUGUCGCCGCACCGACGCGUUGCUCAAGCAGGCACUCCAGCACCAGCACUUUAUUACAGACACUUUCAUUCGUACCAUUGACCGCUCCAUGCACGGAUUGACAAACACACUUUCUUGUCAUAAAAGUUCAAAAAAUGUAAUUGAAAUUUCUGUCUAUGAUAAAAGAUCAUUAGACGAUGAUGAUGAUGAUAUCAAACUUGAAUGUAAAGAUAUAAUACAAAAGAAUGACACAGAACGCGACAAGCCAGAACUUGACUUAAACUGGGAGGAUGAUGAUGAUUUUCCAAACAAACUGAGCUCUGAUGAUGAUUACGAACAAGAUAAGAUUAAUACAUAUAAACAUAAGAAUAAAAUCACUAAAAAGGAUGCGAAAAACUUACCAAGAGUAGAAAUAGUAGAAAUCAAUUUAGAGCCCCAAGAUAUAAUAGUUGAAGAAAGAAAGACUCGAAAACGACCAGUUAAACAGAAAAUACAAAAAGUGAAAGAAAAAGUUACAGUGAAAAAAAGUAAAGCAAAAGUAAAAAGUACAUCACAAGUUAAAAGUAAAAAAGUUAAAGAUACACCAGCCAAAGAUAUAGAGAGAGAAGAUGGCACAGUAAAAGUAAGAAAAAGAAAGCCGCAAAGAUUCAUAGAAAAGUUAGGGACGGAAGAAGAAAUUAGGGAAUUCGAAAAGAAAUAUAAUUUUCAAGUGCAGAAUUUGACAGAAGACGAAAUGGCGAAGGAUAUGGAAGAAAGAAAGAAGUCGGAUAACUAUUUGAAUGGAAUGUAUAAGUGUGAAUUGUGUUAUAAAGGAUUCCUAACACAUACAUCGUAUAAUAACCAUUUGAAGUCACAUGAUGUGACGCGCGGCGACCACGAAUGCCAGUUCUGCCACCUGCGUUACCACACGCCGGGCAAGCUGCGAGAUCAUAUGCGCAACGCGCACCGUCUCAAGUUCCUCUGUGCCGUGUGUAGCAAGUUCAUGGCCGGACUACAAUGCGCCAUCCUGCACGCCGCGUUCCAUUCGGGCACCACGUUCCAGUGCGCGCACUGCGACAAACAGUUCCUGAAGAAGACGUCGCGUUCAACGCAUAUGCGCAUAACGCACCCGCUCGAGAACGCCAACAUCGGCACAUGCGAACUAUGCGGAGAGAUAUUCACGAGCCGGCAGGGACUCAAGAUGCACAAGACCCGGAGCCACAGGGAGUCGCUGGACCGCAGCCUGUUCUGUCGCAAGUGCCGCUUGCAGUUCGAGAGUAAGGAGGCGCUGCUGCGUCACAAGGAACAGCAGCCUGGGAAGCGGUGCCACAAUAAGAAGAGUGCGUGCCAGCAAUGCGGUGCUCUGUUUAAGACGGAGGAGGGCUUGAUACAGCACAAACACGAGAUACACGGCGUCGAACUCUUCACAUGCGACGCGUGCAACAAAUCGUUCCUGUCAAAAAUGUCACUCUCUGUGCACAUCGACCGCCUUCACCUGAACAUCAAGCCUGGAUCAGGUCGACAGCAGUACUACGCGCGACUGCAGAGAAAGAGGGGGGACAAGCCCAAAGGGACCCAGCCUAGGGAAAAGAAAAAUGUUUGCGAGGUCUGCGGGAAAUCAUUCACGUGCCUGUCAGUGCUGAAAACGCACCAGCUGGACCACACGGGGGACCGGCCCUUCAAAUGCCCGCAGUGCCCAAAAGCGUACUUGUACGCCUGGCAGCUAAGAAACCACAGCGACUGCGUGCACCGCCGCAUCCGGAAGUGGCGCUGUUCCGAGUGCCCGAAGACUUUCCUCCACCAGUCCUCCGUCUACGUGCACAAGCUGAUCCACACGGGCAAGCGCACGCACAUGUGCAGCUACUGUGGCAAGGCGUUCCUGCAGUCCGGCUCACUGUACACGCACGUCAAGUACGUGCACCUCAAGGUCAAGCCGCCGCCGCGCAAGCGGAACAAGAAGGAAGCCAAACCGUGCCUAUAGGCCCCGUACAGGCGUGCAUGAACUAUGGGGGCAGCAUAGGAGCCGUCAGAUUUAUGGCGUGAGGCGUAAAUGUAUCGUUUAUGCUUCCAAUGUUAGCUCACAAGAUGGCAGAACCACAGAAUACAUAAUAGUGUGAUAAUGUGAUGGUCCUCCUCGCCGUGUCCGACGAUGGCGACACCUCCAAAUGUUUUAAUUACGACUAAUAACACUACCGAAAACACAUAAUAUACUAUUAUAUUAAUAUACUAUUAUAUUGGACAUAAUAGUACUACCGUACAGAAAGGAAACUUCCUACAAAACCGAAGUUUAACAGCGGUUUAGGGUCGAAUCGUGCUGUCCCUUUCUAAUGUAUGGCACUGUCUCUUUAGGCUAUUUAGGGUUGUCAAAAUUCAAGCCAUUAUCUUAUCCGUGGUCGUGCACGCAAAGGGACGUCAAAUUGUGUCAACCCUAAUAAUUGCGCGGAUGCGUAUGCAGAUGCGGAUGUCAAGAUUGGGUACUUAAAAAACGUCAA